GAUUGGAGCUUUUUUUAUUUUGAGUUUGCUCAAAUGAAAUGCUCAAACGCAACGCAAGACUGAAUUGACGGUAUACGUGUCAAGUCAAAUUUGUAAUGUGCCGGUGAAAAAAUAAUUCAUUGAAAUGAAUUUGUAUAUUAAAUUUACACUAGUUUGCUUAUUAUUCGGAGUAUUCAGCACUAUAACACAAGCCAGUAUAGGAGGUUAUAUUGGUGCAUCAGAUAAAAAAAAAUUUUUGACCACGUUAGCUAAAGCUUUUACAAUCGAGCAAGAUGACAUCUCGAAGUCUUAUUAUGCAGCUAAAGGAUUUAAGAUUCUAAAUGAACCAUAUUCCAAAACUUAUAUUUCGGAACAAUGUGCUCAUAUCAAACAAUAUUAUACACCUACAACCAAUGUAGAUGUUACUUUCAAUGCUCUUAAUACUUGGUCUUUAUUAAGCUGCCAGGGAAAAUUACAUACUGAUGCUAGUAUUAAGAAUAUUCAGUCUAUAUUAGAAAGUGAAAAAUCAACAAUACCUGAAAUUCGAUACGCACUGGAGAUCUUUACACAUAUUAAACAUCAAAUUCUAAGUCCUGCCAAAAUUGCCCAACUCAUUCAGGCUAGAUUGAAGGAGGAUGAUGGCUUGCUUAAUGUAGGACAUGCUCUUCAUGCAGCAUCCCUUCUAGGAAAUGCUGGGAAAUUUGCGCACGACCGCAUAGAAGAUGUAGUUGUACAGGCUGAUGAAAUUGAUAACAAACUUCUUCAGUGGGAGGGUGGUCUUACUACUACAUCUUUAUUAAUUACAGGUUUACUUCGUUUACCAGGAGCAAAUCCAUUUACACAGAUUCAGGCUGACAAAUUAGCCAAUUACCUAUUGACAAGGAAAACAGUGCAAACUCCGAAGGGCAUUGUUUCUUUAUUAGAGGCAGCAGUUGCUUUAGCUUCUAGCAGUGUUUCACCUGUUAGUAUAUCGGUAAUAGGAUCAGCACAGAUACCCCAAGAUAAGCCUGAGUUACGUGUACAGGUGAGUGAUGUAUUCGGACAGCCUUUAAAACCUGCUCCAGGACCAGUAAUUGCUCAGUCUGCUACAAGAAUAUCUGAUGACGUGGUGGUGCUGGCUAAACAACAGUUAGUUACUGGAAAGACACCGACUGAGUUUAUUUUGAACCUGAAAUUGGACCCUGGAUAUUAUCGGGUUGCGGUAAAUGCUGGAAGUCACUCGUCAACAAUUACUACUAGAGUUUUAGGACCACUUACUAUAAAUUCCUUUGAAAUUGGCCUAAGUGAUGCGGAUGGAAGUUCAAUUCCUAAACUCAUGAAACUGACAUAUUCUACAAAAUUAGAUUCAAAGCUGCAAGCGGAUUCAAGUCAGCACCUUAUAGUUAAAUUUUCUGUUUCAAGAACUGUUCAUCAAGCUUUCUUGAGAUUGUAUUCUGGCAAGAAAGAAAUUAUUUUCGUCGCUGAACAGGACAGUAGCAAAGUUUAUAAAGUUGAAGUAAAUCUGGCUUCAGAAUUAUCCUUCACUGAUAGUUUUGAAAUGGAACUUAUCUUGGGCGAUCCAAUCGUUACGAAUCCAAUUCGUUGGACGUUGGGAGCUAUUGAAGUUAACCUGGGUUCCUCAGAAAUUUCAACUCCUCCAAGAUCAACACGAGGACCAAAACCUGAAAUCGAACAUUUAUUCAGGCCAGCAGAAAAACGUCCACCAGAACCAGUGUCUUUAUUUUUCACAGGACUAACAACUGCUCCCUUGCUAAUCUUGCUAAUGUUGUGGGCUAAGAUUGGUAUUAACUUUGGCAACUUUACUCCCUUGGCAGUUCCUUUCCACUUAGGGUUUGGAUCAAUAUUGGGGCUGUUUACAUUGUUCUGGUUGAAACUAGACAUGUUCAUGACAUGUGCUUGGCUGAUACCUAUUGGGGGUUUCACCUUUUUAACUGGUCAUAAGUUACUAAGUAAUCUUGCUAAGCAGAGAAAACCAGAAAAGUCUGAUAAAUAAUUAUUUUAAUUUCCACUUUGUGUUCUGUUCUUUGUUAUACAUUUUUUUCCAUAACUUAAUUAUAAAAU